AUGCAGAGAUCUACCCACACGCCAGACAGGCCCACAAUCACGGGAAAUCAACGACGGCACACCACGCCACCUCUGAGCACGCAGGCUUGGGAGGAAAGCAGGGUGGAGGACUCCGGCUUCGCCAUAACCCCUGCGUCCAUCGCGAAGGAACACUUCGGGUACUUGGGUUGGAAAUGGAGGGGUAAGCAUUUUGGCUCGAAGCUGCCUCUGUGCCUCUUCCUCAAACUGCACGACCGGGGUCACGGACACAAGAUUGGAACCGGAGCCGAUGUGCUGCGUUGGGUGGUGUCGGGGACCAUCGUCCGAGCUAUUCGCGAAGUUCGGGCCAACCGCGAGACGAGGGGCGAACCCCCGGACCUUGCGCUGGGAUGCUAUGAAGGCCUGGCUGUCCACCUCAAUGACUUCGUAGAUAUCUUCAACGGCGAGGAAACCAAAUGCGGUUUGACACGAAAACGACGGCAUACGUGCAAUAUUGAGAGUAAAUCACCCGGUCGUGGGGUGAAGUUGAAAGUGGCGGCCAUCAAUUCUUAUGUUCCGUUCACACGGUCUGAUCAUUUCGCCGUGCACACAGGAGACUACGGUCGCACGAAGUUCGAGCGUCGCGCACAAAUCAACAAGAUGAAGGGUUACGUGACUUCGGCUGACGACCCCAUCCUCGAGAGGCUCGUGGAGAUUCUGAGGUACUUCGACGACUGGAAUGACAUGAUGCAGAUUAUUCUCGAACACCGGUUUAAGGACGUCCGUGCGGGCUUGGGGACGUUGAGAAACCCCACCGCGGCACAGGCGAAAGAGAGGUCUGUACGUGGCGACCUCAACCGAGGUCUACACGGAGGUUCACGGGCGAACUUCAACCGCAAUGCGCGGUCCGGGAAUGACUUUAUCGACUCCGACUACAGGAGCAGAAUCAUGUUGGCAGUGACACAGGCGGAGGCCGCCGAGAACGUGCGCGCGCGAUCGAGGAAUUCGCCGAACGCUGUUUUGUGCCCGCGUUACAUUUCCGUCGAACCCCUUGCGGCGGCCCCCGUCGUAGAGGCCCCCGUCCCGGCCGCCCAGGGCUCGUCGACGAUUGUUAACCCAUACGCGUCGUCGAAGUAG